CUUUGCAAUCAGCAUUGGAGAGCAUCUGAGUGCUCCUUCUCAUUAAUCUUGAAAACCUGCCGCAAACACACGGACACGCACUCGCAUAGCUGCUACUGAUAACCGAGCGAAGAUGUUCUGCAGACGGGCAUGGCAGAGAGUCGGGCCGCUGGCACGGAGGGCUUUCAAGCCCAAACCCACGAACGCAGCUCCAGUGCGAUACAUGGCCUUUGGGGUUCCUGGUGGUUCCACCAACAUGGCGUACUUUGUUCUGUGUGGAGGAGGCCUCACUGCUGCAGUUGUCUAUGCCUACAAGACAGUCAGUGGUGAUAGUGAGCGCUAUGAGGACAGACUCUCCAACAUGGGCUCCACAGCAAAGGCUCCAGAGGCAGCAGCUCCGGUACGAGAAGCAGCAGAACCAGAGGCAGAAGCGGCAGAACCAGAGGCAGAAGCGGCAGAACCAGAGGCAGAAGCGGCAGAACCAGAGGCAGCGCCGACCACCGAGGUCGUCGCCGAGUCUGUCACUGCUGCUGCAGAACCAGUAGCAGAGACCGCUGCUGAACCUGUCGUCGAGGCCGUGUCUGAAGAAGAAGCAGCCGCCCCGGCCUCUGAGGUGGUCGCUACUGAAGCUGAAGGCGAGCCAGCGGUCGCAGAAGAAGCUGCUCCAGCUGCAGUGGUAGAGGAGGUUCUUGAAGCUACUCCUGUCAGUGUGGAAGUCGCUGCCACAGAGGAGACGCCAGCAGAAGUCCCUGCAGCAGAGAGCGCUGGUACGGCAGCAGUAGAUGAAGCUCCCCUUGCUGAAGCAGAGCCAGUCUCUGCAGUCCCUGAGGCUGAGGCCACCCCUGCUGCAGAGUUGGCUGCAUCUCAUCUAUACUCCGAUAUUAGGAGCGGUUGGAAUGUGCUUAUAUUCUAUAUUUCAAUUUCUCAGCCACUACUUCCUGUCUCUUCCUAUCUGUCAGAGUCUUUGCCAGAUAUGCUCACAGCUGUGAAGGUCUUGACCGGCUCUACAGUUGAGAUUGCAGCAGCUUCUGUUUGUGAGACGAGUCUUGUGAAAGCUGUCCGGAAAAUAGAGGGAGAUGGAAAAGGUUUGGACUCCACACUGGAGGUGGGAGAGCCCGAAGUCCAGGAAGCAACCGCAGAAGUGGUAGCUAAAGAAGCAGCUGAAGAGGCGACUGUUGUGAAUGAGGAGGAGGUGACGUCUGCAGAGGCUGGUGCUGAUGCAGAAGAUACAGAAGCUCCGGGUCCUGAAGAUUUGAUUAAAGAGGAGACGUCAUCUUCUGUAGUAGCAGAGGAAGAGGCAGCUGCACCUCGGUCUGAGGAACCUGCAACUUCAGCCCCGACAGUAGAGGUGGUGGGUGAGGUUGAGGCAGAGGAUCAGGCUCCGGUACCUGGAGCUGCUCCAGAGGAUGAGACCGAAGCCUCACUUGAAGAUGCUGCUCCUGCUGAGGAAACUACACCAGCUGAAGAGGACGUCACCUCUGCCGAAGCUGCUCCAGUGGAUGAGACAUCACCAGAUGAGACGACACCUGCUGCUGAGACAUCAGUGGAGGAGGCAGCAGCUGAAGCUUCUGCAGUGGACGCCGUUGAAGCUGUAGCAGUUGUGGACGCGACUCAGCUGGCAGCCGCCUCCUCUGCGUCAGACCUGGAGCUCCUUUCAGCUGCUGCACCAGAAUCUACAUCAGAGGCUCCAGUACAGGAGGCCAAGCACUGCCACUCCUGCCACCCUGCUCCAUCAGCAGCAGAGGAGGUGGCGCCACCUGCUGCUUUGGGGGGGCAGCUGGCCAGUGAGGUGCAUGAGGCCAAGGAGGCAGAGUUACUGGUUGAAGGACAAAAGCCAAAGGUGUCUAUCUGGACUGUAAAAAGCUGCUCAGUGAUGUAAUAGUACAGUUAAGCUGCAGAGACUAUGCUGGUGGUGACAACCCAGUCAUGACAUGAGACAGUGUGCCUUCCACAACACUCGCUUAUCUGUCAACCAAGCCAGGACGACCGAUGAAAACAACACGAGGAGAACUAGCUAAUGUGUCCUUUUUGAAAUAUUAUCAGUUUUUUUUUUUUAAAUGUUCCCUUUACUGUUUCUGAUCAAUCUUUUAUUAGCAUUUGUGAAAUGAUUCCCAUUGUGUCAGUUGCCCGCUAGGUGCCACUAUUGCAAAGCUUUUCAUGACCAGUUGAAUAAAACACAAGUUCCUGUCGAGGUGUUUUAGUAGACAGUGGAGGUGGGUUUGUUUUUUUAGUGUAAUGUUUUGAUAGACUGCUUUUCAUAGAUAUUGACUAAUUAGCCUAUGUUGAGAUAUUUAAGUGUUUAAGACAUAACACUUUUAUUGUGUUCCUAAUUUGAAAGAGAUUCAUACCUACAAGAAAACGUCACAAAAAUACCAGUGAAAAAUACUUCAUCAAUGCUGAUACUAAUAGUAUAUCCAUAAAUCAAUUUUUUCUUCUACAACAAAAGAUUGAUACAUUAAUAUGUAGAUUCAAACUAAUGAUUAUAGAUGAUUAUAUUCAACAGUAACAUGCCAAGAUGCUAAGAGUUGUAAAUUGAUUCUUUGUUUUAAAUAUUUAAUUGCACUGUAUAAAUGUUCAUGUUAGCUAUAUAUUAUAUUAAUACAUUAUAGUUAAUAUACCCCUUUUUAACUUGGCUAAUUACGAUGUCUCUGUUGUCAUGAUAAUAUGCUCAGAUAGACACUUUAAAUAAAGUGAUGUGUCAACAUUUGAACUCAG